AUGGCUCCAAGUGUAACCAAUGAACACAGGAAAAAAUUAAUAAAUGCAUCGAAAUUUAAACUUUCGCACAUUGCCACACAUUAGAACAGUAACAAACCAAAGCUCAUGACUUUGUUGUAUAAAACAUUCGUUAGACCCUUAUUGGAGUAUAGAACUGUAAUAACUAAUCUACUGAAAAAGUCCGAUAUAAGAGCUAUAGAGGUUGUGCAAAACUCGUUUACAAGAAGACGCCCCUACAAUAGAACGCUAGGAAAAUAUGUAUCUGCAACCGAUCCAGACUAUAAAUCAUCGAUCGCAACGAACUAUUCGAACACCACUCUGAAGGGAAGACGCUCUAUAACCGAUCGAAAAACGAUUGUAAAAAUUAUGAACAGUAGAAUAGAUAUCAAAGUACCUGAAAUAAGGAAACACUUUUUUGUUAACCUAACACUUACAAAUCCUCAAUUUCUCAAAAAUGUAACAGAAAAAAAUUUAUUGAGGAGCAAGAACUAUGAUUAUAACUGA